UGUGUGCACAAGCGAGGGGGGCGGGGGGGUGAGGCUUCAGACCAGACCACGACUUUGUGCGUAUGCGUGGGUGUGCAAUGCCUAUAAAAGUAAAGGAACUCCCCGAGUCAUUUACAUUCAAGCAGACAGCCUAGUAGACGACAGCCACAAGGAUGUUUUGCAAGUACGUAAGCGUUAUGCUGAUGCUGGCCGUGAGCGGAGAAGUCGUGAUGGGCUCUCUGCAGGACAAGCAGAGCGACUUGGGUUUGAAGGUCUUCGGCCACCUGGCCGGAGCUUCGUCCCAUCAAAACGUGAUUUUCUCCCCGUACGGCGUUUCUUCUGUCCUGGCGAUGGCGCAGCUCGGCGCCGCGGGGAACACUCGCAAGGCCAUGACCGCCGCCAUGGGAUUUUCCCUGCAAGAACGAGGAAUGUCUCGACAGCAGCGCUUGCUGCAGCGUGACCUCCACGCUGAGGAAGGCUUAGAGAUGGCCAGCGGAGUCAUGGUGGAGAGGAAGAUGAGCCUGGAGAAGGGAUACCGCCAGGCCCUGUCCAAGGCCUUCAGGAGUCACCCGCACCAAGUGGACUUCACCAAGCCUGACCAGGCGGUGGACAUCAUCAAUGCCUGGGUCUCCGACCACACUGCAGGCGCAAUUCCCGAGUUCUUGUCUCGGGGAUCUCUGAGCGACGAGACUCGCCUGGUGCUUCUCAACGCCCUCCACUUCCAGGGACUCUGGAAGGUUCCCUUCGACCCCAAGCUGACACACGAGAGGAUGUUUCACUGCGCUAACGGCAGCGCCGUACCCAUUCAUAUGAUGACACUCACCAACCGCUUCAACUACGGGGAGUUUGUGACCGGCAGCGGCGUGGACUACGACGUGGUGGAGAUCCCAUACGAGAGCGACUCACUGAGCAUGCUGCUGGUCUCGCCCUUUGAAGCCGACGUGCCGCUGAGCACGCUUACCGAUGACCUGAGUAGCCAGCGGAUCCGGCAGUGGAGAGCCGAGCUAAGGAGCGUUCGGAGACAGUUAACCAUGCCGAGGUUUACCUUGAACUCUGAGGUGAACUUGAGGGCUGCACUCGUCAGGAUGGGCCUGGGCAACAUGUUCAAUCUGGCCACUGCCGAUUUCUCCCGCAUGACAACUGACGAGAAGCUAUGCGUGUCCAAGGUCCUGCAGACGGUCAAAUUUGAGGUCAACGAGCAAGGAACAAAAGGAGCCGCGGCCACAGCCGCUGUGCUGUUUUCCCGAAUGGCAGUUGAGGAGCUCACUUUGGAUCGGCCUUUUCUCUUCUUGAUCCAGCACAAACAAACGGGAGCCAUUUUGUUCAUGGGCCAGUUCAAUCAUCCCGCUUAAGAAGCCAAUAGAACUACUUCCACUGUGCCCGACUACUGCUGGACACCAGAAGAGAAAUUUUCAAAACCAGGACUUUACUGACAUGAAUGACACUGUUGCACUUGCUUUUUCUACUCAUUUUCAUUCGUUGUCUUGUCGCCAUGCUAUUUGUAUUUAUAUUGUAUUUAUUAAAAGAUUUAUAUUCUG